AGCGGCGCUGACUGGCGCUGACGAUCAAGUUUUGAUUUUCGCCUAUUCACGCCUGUGAAGUGUAUAAACAAUUUUUCUUGCAACAAAUACUUCAGUAUUUAUAUUUUUGAACGAGUGAAAAAUGAGUUCCAUAGGCACAGGGUAUGACUUGUCUGCGUCUCAAUUUUCACCGGACGGACGUGUGUUUCAAGUGGAAUACGCUAAAAAAGCCGUCGAGAAUGGAGGGACUGUGAUUGGAUUAAGAGGAAAAGAUGGAGUUGUAUUCGCAGUUGAAAAAAUUGUUACAUCAAAGCUGUAUGAGCCUAGCACCAACAAAAGAAUAUUUAACGUAGACCAACAUGUUGGCAUGGCUGUUUCUGGCUUGAUCUCUGAUGCAAGGCGGAUUGUAGAGGUUGCCAGAUCCGAAGCAGCAAGUUACAAGUCUGAAUAUGGAGUUGGUAUUCCGUUGAAGUAUUUGAAUGAAAGAGUUUCCAUGUACAUGCAUGCAUACACCUUAUAUUCAGCGGUCAGGCCAUAUGGCUGUUCCGUAAUUCUUAGUGCUUAUGAACAUGAUGGACCUGCUAUGUACAUGAUAGAUCCUUCUGCAGUAUCAUUUGGAUACUAUGGCUGUGCUGUUGGUAAAGCAAAGCAGUCUGCAAAAACAGAAAUUGAAAAGUUGAAGUUAUCAGACAUGACCUGCAAUGAUUUAGUCAAAGAGGCAGCACGUAUUAUCUAUCUUGUCCAUGAUGAAUUAAAAGACAAGCAAUUUAAACUUGAAAUGAGCUGGGUAGGCAAACAUACAAAUGGAAAGCAUGAAUCUGUGCCAGCAGACAUAAAAGCUGAUGCUGAGGCAAAGGCCAAGCAGGCAAUGGCAGAAGAUUCAGACAGCGACACAGAGGAUAUGUAACUGCAUUUGAAAUAGCUAUAAAAGUAUUUUAUAUUGUAAAUUAUAAUUUAAAUACGUCAAAAUUCUUGCUACACAAAUCUUCUCUAUUAACGAAUGUAAUGAAUAAAGGAUGCUGCCUGUUGUUUACAAAAUA